AUGGUAGGGUGUCAAACAGAGUAAAGGACUAUUCAAAUGACCUGGAAAAUAUUUAUAAUUUUUUUGUCAGUGCGAAUUACACGGCUACAAUUACUUGAUAUAACUUAUUUCUUAAUUGUGAAGCCCCCCGCUCUAUUAACCGCCCCCCCCCCCCACACACACACUCUCUUCACAACUAAGAAUCAUAUGCGUAUUAAUUAAUAUAUAUAUUAAUUGGCCUGGUCCUUCACGUUAAUUUACUGCAUUAAAACUGUGUUUAAGCAACGCCCUCUUCAAUUAAUCCCCCUCAAACAUGGCUUAGUUUAUUAAUGUGUAUUGCACCCUCACUGUGCCUUAGUAAUAGAGGACUUAGGGUAACAUGCAAUAUGGUGCAUUUAUUUUGCCAGAGAACAACCAAUCUGCAACAUCUAUUGUUUGCGUUUGUCAGUUGCUUAAUAUCUUAAUUUGUGUUUAGGGUGGUAAUAAUGCAGUACACACAGUUUCAGAUGGUACUACCACGUUCUUCUUUCAUUUCAUUCCAAGGUAUGGAAGAACAAGACCUUUGUUAGGAUUGUAGAUUUUAGGAUUUUUUUCUGAUACGAUACGUGCCAAUACACAUUUCUGGAGAGUACGUCAUCUUGGCUUGGUUCCAAACUUGUUACAACAACUGAGAACAAGCAGUACGAACACAACUUUUCGACAGCUUGUGAACAGAUUUGUAACAACGUACCUGUUGGCAGACGUGUAACAACUUGUACGUUUUUAUAUCCGUAAUACAAAGCACUGCUAAUUUGAAUCUAUUAUAAAUUUCUUUUUCAGGGCUGCUUCGAAAGAACUUCCUUCCUUCCUUCCUUCCUUCCGAACUCGUUCUAAAGCGCUACCGUCGUCAGCAGUAUCGUUCCUAUAUUUCUACAACUAUCUCGACGAACUGGCGAUGGAUUUAUGCGCUUCAAUCCCAGCCGAGGGUCAGGGGCUCAACUAUGCCGUGCGCCGAACAUGUGGUAAACACGAGUACUCACGUGCAACCAAAUAUGUACGGACAGAAGCCUGA